AUGAACAAUACGCUGAUAAUCACACACAACCAAGAAGCGCACCACCACCACACAUCUUCAGCAUCACAUUCUGAGUAUUCAAGUCAUUCAAGAGAUUCAGAUUGGUUGGCACCGCUCCCACUCGUUCCAACCGCAGCAGCCGCAGCUCUCAUCCGCAAAGCACAGUCCUCCUCUUACAAUACAUCCCUCACUUCUCGCUACGAGGAGGACGAUGUCACUACUGUAGGAUCUACAGCAAACAUGUCGUCCUCGCACUUUGAUACACGGCUAUCCUUAUCUGCUCUUGCGGAACUCGCUCCUGUGAGCCUGACCGAUUUCAAUAUUCAUCAACGAUUGCAAGAAGGCUCGGGUUUUCAAGUUUUCAAGAUUCAGGUGAAUCGCAGUCCUACCGACGAUGUGGAUGAUAUGCGAGAAUACUUUUCACUCAAAUGCCUCAAAAACAAGAGUCAAUCCCGAGAGUCCAUGGAACAGGAAGCUUUGAACUUAAAACGAGAAGCCAAAAUGAUGCAACGACUCAAGCAUCCAAACAUUGUCAAUGCCGUUGGCUUAAGCUCGCAUUCUUCCUUUGGUUAUUUCUUGGCCUACGAUUUGAUUGAAGAAACACUGGAGGAUCGCAUACUGGCAUGGAAGACGGGACAACCCAUCAAGACUCCAGGAGGUUCAAGGCGGAAGAUGAAUCAUCACCAUCAUCAGAAUCCUCAAAAGAAGAAGCCUAGCAAAUUUGGUGGUGGCAGCCAGGCCCAUGCUCCGCCACUGAACGAACGAUUGUACUCUUGCGUCUUGGGGGUGGCCCGUGCCAUGAUGUAUUUACACGCCCGACACAUUGUCAAUCCACUCCGGCCCGAUUGUAUUGGGUUUUCCCGGAAUGGGACCGUCAAGGUCUUUGACUUUUCGGUCUUUGAUGUGGAUCCGAGCGUCCAACAUUUGCGGUACAUGAGUCCGGAAUACAUUUUGAGCAAUCAAGCGUCCUUUGCCUCGGACGUGUACAGUUUGGGAAUCAUACUGUGGCAGGUUGCCACGCUCAAGGAACCCUUUGGAUUCAUGUCCAAGUUCAAGGGCAAAUCCAAUACCAAAACCCGCAAAACGAUUGCCAAGAAAUUGGCCAACAAGCGACCCGAAAUGAGAAGCAUUCCCGACAAGGACGUCAAACAACUUGUGAAAGAUUGUUUGGAGAACAACCCUGAUGCGCGUCCAUCUUCGACUCGAGUAUUAUUUCGAUUGGCAGACUGUUUGCCCAAAGAAGAAUCCCAUGAGCAACGAUUGGACCGCAUUGAAGCUCUAUUGAGAUCAGUGGAAGCCAAAAAGGGACGAAGUAGUGGUGGUGGUCGCGAUGAUGAUGAUGAUGACGACAAUGAUGACGAUGCCGGUGCCAGGUUCGAAUCAGCCUAUGAUGCUAGAAUUACUCGGUAG